AUGAUGAGACACUUGGCUUCACUAGAGAAGCACUUCUCCCACCUCGUCAUCGCCGACUCUCACUUCAAGGUCUUCCGCUGUUGGGCAGCCCACUACCUCCUCGUGGUGACAGUGGACACAUGCGAGCUCGAUGUGACGAACAGUGGGACAGAGGACUAUAGGACGGGUUUUGCUUUGAAUGUGAGGACUGUUAAAGCAGGGGAGGCCACCAUUUGUGAGCUCCAUGGUGACCAUGCAAAUUCUGAUGAAAGCGAGUCGUUCUACUACGUGUCGCUCUUCCUUGGGUUUGCUGGGGUUUCAUGGCUUCUUGCCAUUGUUUGCAAAGUGCGGAGACUUAUUGGUUUUGCGGGACAACGAGUAGGUGAGGCCUCCAAUCCGGGGCCGAAAUCUGACAAUGGACAAGUUGCAAUGCUCAUUUCGCUUGUGCAAAUGCUCAUUCAAAUGGUCGCGAAGCUGUCUGGAAGUGAAGAUGUUCGGAAUCUUGUGUCACAGGCUGAGACGGCAGUGCAAAAUUUGCAAAGCCCGCCGAAUGCUCCUGAACAGCCGACUCCGAGACGGGUCACGGUUGAGAAUGAGUGGCAAACGGUUGGCAAUAGGAGGCGAGGAAAAGGCAAAGGCAACAAAGCUGAGAAGGCGCCGAGCCCUGGACUUGCAGCGGGAGGUGGAUCAAAUCAGCACGACAACACUGGCUGGCCUACGGCCAAGGCUGCUGGACGACAGACCGGGAAAGCUGAUGGUAAAGCGGGUGGGGGUCGUGGCCAAUCAGCCACUGCUUCCAAAGGUAAGGCUGCUGGGAAGGCAGCCACAGGAGGAAAGGCAACCCCACCUUCUCAGAUCCUCAAGCAUGAUGAGUGGGAGCUAAGGCCGGAUGAUUGGCAUGCCAAGCUUGUCACAGCUGAUGCUCUCCCUGAGUAUACUGGUGCCGGGGAGUCUCUGUUAGUUCAUGCAAAUAAUCAAGAGGAGGCUGAAGUGCUACAGGUUCUUGCAUCUGGGCGGAGUUUCCGAAGCUCUGUUCUUAUUGUCUGGCGGGAUGAUGAGGGUAAACUCCAGUUGCCCUUUUGGCAGAAAGGCAGAGCUACACUGCACCGUGUCAAUAUGCUGAAGUUUACGGUCACGGGAGUUGCGCUUGCCUCCUUAAAGGGUGCGCGCGCGACGCAGAAGGUCAAGGCGGUUCCAACGGUUGUCAUCAGAAUGGUCUUGGUCCAGGGAUUGGCUUCGGCUGCUGAUUGGACGCUUGCCAAUAAGAAUCUCCGUGGAUUUGCCAUGGGCCGAGCACCGGUGGUCAAGGACCUUUGGGGUGGAGCAGUGGAGCACAAGCGAGGGCCCACGCUUGUUGCGCUUGUGAGGGUGGACAAAACCCAAGUUAAGAUGCUGUUGCAGAAGAGUGGCGUUGGUGGCUUGUUCUGGGAGCCUUUGAGCCGUACGGUUGAUGAAACCAACUUGGUGGUCAGGUGGAUUGAUGCCAAUGACGGCGAGACGGACGGCGAUUACCUUCUGCGCUGUCUGCUUCAGAAGCCCGAGUGGGGGUUGGUCGUAGGUAGGCGCCAGCUUGGUGUCCGAGUUGACCAGCAGCAUGAGACUGUUGUGAGACCGUGGCGGCUUUCCCAUGUGCCAACGGAGUUGACACAAGAUGAGGUUGCAACCAUCCUGACGGAUGCCGGGCUGGAGCAUGUGGUUCUCACUGGGCGCGUUGCGCGCAAAGGAGGGUUCACCUGGUUUGUCAGGGCGGCCUCCAAGCAUGACGUUGUAGCCAUACCUGUGCAGCAAGGCAAUGAUGAGACCACGCUCUACUUACUGCCGGCGACACCUUCACGACAAGGGCCGGCCAAUCGCGUACCGUUGCCUCGACAAGGCACCAAGCUGGAAGUUGCGCAGUUCAAGGUGGUGCAGAAGCCGGUUGAUGCUAGCGCGGAUGCCAUGGCUACUGGGGACCAAGUGGCGACCAAGCGGUUAGCAGUCAGUUGCCGUGAAGUGCCUGAGGGUACCAAACUCGUGUCUAUUGCCCGGGAUGGGGAUUGUCUUCCAGCUUCCAUCUCUCAAGCAAUUGCAUUCCACAAAGGCUCUGACAAGCCUAUGCCGGCUAGCCGCAUGAGGGCGGAGGUGAUUGCUUACAUGAAUCGCAAAAAAGAGUUUUAUCGGGGGUUCUGGGAUAAGAGGGACACGCUUGACGAGGAAGGAGGAGUCCCUGACUUCGAUGCUUAUUUGCUGCAGGCGGCAAUGCCAUCCAAAUAUUGGGGUCAUCUGGAGAUCGCAGCUGCUGCUGCCCUCUUUAACUUGUCAGUCUUCGUCAUUCCGACUGAUGCGGCGAUUGCUCCCACGAAGCACGGCACAGGCGCAUUUCCAGUGGCAUUGCAGUUUGACCGAGGGGGUGACAAAAUCGGUCAUUAUGAUGUCAUCCAGCCUCUGGAAAAAGGAGCCCCCUUGCCUGCGGUCAUUACCAACGUUCAGGAGUUCGGCGAAGCACGUGGUGGCAGAGGAGGUGGAGUGGAUCCUAAGGGCAAUGAUCAGAAGGAUGGUGGUGCCAGCAACGAUGGUGGGACGGGUGAUGGCUCGGAAGCUUGGACUAUCUACACGGUCAACACGCAGGGCCAGCAUGUGCCAGUUGGCCGAGCGGCACUUGGAGGUCGGAGCUCUUCGGCUGCGGCCAGUGCCACGCCAACCAGCGUGCGGCGUGCUUCAUUGGCUGCGGCCUUUUCACGCGGAGCUCGCAGCUCUGUGAAUGCUGUUGAAGAAGGCAUGCCUGAUCAGGCGGCGGCUGCUGCGGAUAUUGCAAAUCUCAAUGAUGUUGAUGAGCGACAACUUGAAGAAGGAGGAGGUGCUGCGGCUGCUGAACCCCAGCGUGGAAAACGCCGGUUUGGAUGGAGAUGCCCCGUUCCUGGUUGUGGUUUUACUUGCUCGGGGAAACAAUGGUCCCUUCGGAAAAAAUUGCAUGUACGUCAGUGGCACCCUGAGCAGCGGCUCCAGCUUUCGCUGAAAGGUCGCACCGAGGAGCCAGUAGAGGUUGCGGAUGACAUUCCAGUACACUGGCGUUGCCCUGUUUGUUGCAAAGCUUUUCCGAAGACGAUGAAGCUUUCAUUUGACCAAUUGCGGGCUGGUAAGGAGGCACAUGGCGCCAAAUCGCAUCCCACUGAGAAUCAGGCCCUCUUUCGACGGAGGUUUCGGCCAGCCACGGGCGUCAAUGCUCGCAAGGCCACUGUUGCGGUUCGUGCAGCUGGCUUAGCUUCCAGGCUGUCUCAGAUUAAGAGGGGCAUUGGUGCACAUGCUGAUGUUUUCACUGUUGAUGUCCCUGCUACUGGUGUCAAGAGGAAGAGUCUCUCAUAUCUUGUUUGCAGGCGCUGUCGCUAUGUCACUCAUUCAGCCAAGACCCUUGAGAGCAAGCGUUGUGAGCAGGUUGUAGGGCUUUCGCAGCAGCGCCAAGGGCUACUGAAGAGAUUGAGGGCACAGGGUGAGGAUGUCAGUAUUGAUGAGCGCCUCCGUCAGGGGGCUCGUGAGCUUGCUGAUUUUCUUGAGCCUGAAGAUGCUAGUCAGCAGCAGGGUGAGUCAGCGGAGAUGCGUGGCAAUCAUGAUGUUGAGGCUGUCCCAUGGCCGCAGGCAGACAGGAGCAUCGGCAUUCGCUUCAUCUGUGGCCGAUGCCACCGCAUGCAUGCCAGGGCGUGCCUUUUCAAGGACGGCACCUGCACUGGCACCAUGGCCUUUGCCAAGUUUCGUGAGAGCUGGCUUCGAGAACUCAGGCCGUGGCUUGAGGAUACGGGCUAUCGGGGCAAGGCAGCUCGCGCUGCAAAACGGAAGCUAGGCAUUGAGGACCAAAAGGCGGCUCCUGAGUUCCCGGCUGGGUUGGUUGGUGGUGGUGCAGGCGUGAAUCCAUGA